AAAAGCUACAAAGCCCUCUCCUAAUUUAAGCCUUCUCUCUGCAAUUUUCCUUCAAAAAUCACAAUGUCCUUUCCCGUUUUCUUUUUCUUUCUUCUGUCUUCUUCACUGUUCAAGCUUUCACAUUCCACCACAAUUCUAGUCGAUGGAUCUUCAGAGUGGAAGAACCCCACUGUUUACAUUGGUGAUUCCAUCAUUUUCAAGCACAAGCAACACUUCAGUCUCUACAUAUUCAAGGACCAGAAAGCAUUCAAUCUCUGCAAUUUAACUCAGGCCACUCUUCUCACCAACCUCAACACCACCUCCUACACUUGGCAUCCAUCUCGCCCUGGUUUCUUCUACUUUACCUUCCACAAUGGGUCGCUCAAAGCAUGCCAGGAUUCUCAAAAGCUAGCCAUAGAGGUGACUUCAGCAGCAGCAGCAAUAGCACCAGAAGCUCCAGCAAUGGCUCCAGAACAUUCUCCAAUGACAACUCCAGCUCCUUCAUCUGGUGGAGAGGUUCCAUCUUCCCCUUCAUUCCCAUGGCCUUUCCAUCCUCACAUAGCAGCUUCACCUGGUCCAGCACCAGCACCAGCACAAGCACAAGCAGCAAGUUCACCGGUAACAGUUCCAUUAGUACCAGGCAAAGGUGGUAGCAUGCCCUUCAUUAACAGCAACCCUGCAGUUCCUCUGCCUACUGGUGAGGUUGACUCUGCUACCAUACGCCCCAUCCCAACCUCUGGUCAUCAACAACAGGUGAUGAUUGGAUCAUUUGUAUUUCAUAUGGCUGUGCACACAAUGGCUUUACUGCUGCUGUAAGGAGGAA